AUGUCCUCACCAGAGAUGGAUAUCAGGGCAGAUGACGAGCUGAUGGCAAAUGUUGUUACAUCACCGGCGGCGGACACGUGUGUGCAGUUAACGACUAAUUCGAGGUUAGAGACGAUAUCACCGGUUCUGCAAUCAACCAAUCCAACGGUGCAUCGGGUACAAGCUUCUGAACAUAUUACGUCUGCUGAUGGGUACGCACAACUAGGGGCAUGCAUGAGGCAUCACGUUGAUGGUUUGGCGCAUCAAGGCGCGGCUCAUGCAUUAUGUGCUACAUCAGAGGACGGGUAUGUACUACCGUGUAUAAAUUCGGGCAGCAUAACCUCAACUUGGGUUGGCGGUUUACCUCGUACUAGCGGAAACCAUGGACGAUCGCAGUCCAAUCUGACUUCUGUUUACGGAAUGGAGGCACCAUCUCGUAAUAGAUCUAGCAUUACAACGUGGACAGGUCAUCCAAUCAACACGCACUGCACUGCUGCAAAAGCGGCUGUACCUUCUUACCCUCCAGCACCAUUUAGUUGCAACACACAUUUUACACCAGGGCUUAACAAUCUUCCAUCUACAGUACUUGGUCGGUUAGAAGCAGAACAAUCCCCUCGGGCGCAGCUGCACUCAACCUCUUGGCAGCAUGCUUUGUCCUCUUAUAGGAAUAUGCAUACAGUUUAUGGUGAUGCUGCACCGGGUGUGGGUAGCAUUCCUCCAGUCAAUUCGGUUUUGACUAGUGCCCAAGAAACACCAGCCAGGGUGCCUAAUAGCUACGACGCUCACCGACAGUGGCCACAGAUAUCUAACGGUUAUACACCUACCGCGCCAGCUGCGAUAUCUGAAAUGAGGUUAUCCUCUACGCAAAUAGCAUCAAGACAAGUCAUAAAUAAAGAUCUUCCGACGUUCUCCGGCAAGCCAGAAGAGUGGCCGCUUUUUAUCACCAGCUUCGAACAGUCAACUGAGCAGUGCGGUUUCACAGAUUCUGAGAAUCUUAUUCGGCUACAGCGAUGCCUGAAGGGGGUGGCACUAGAGGCAGUAAGGGGUAAAUUAAUGGCGCCUGUAACCGUAUGGCAGGCCAUUGAAACUUUACGGAUGCUAUAUGGGCGUCCAGACGUCAUAUGUCAUUCACUGCAACGCAAGCUACGUCAAGAGCCAUUGGUAAGGUAUGACAAGCUGGAAACCCUAAUUCAGUUUGCACUUGCGGUACAAAAUUACUGUUGUACUCUGAAAGCCAUUGGCCUCUCUUCUUAUUUGAAUGAUCCGAUGCUACUUUCUGAGCUACUUUGCAAAUUACCAAACGACUUGAAAUUAGAGUGGGGUAGAUAUAGGGUUUCACUGCUCCAUGCUGACAUAAGUGAGUUCGACUAUUGGCUUUUCAAAUUGGCGACGUGCGCUAGUCAAGUCGUAUCUGUAAAUAGUUCCGGCGAUGACGUCAAAGUUAACAAUAAUCCAUUUAAGAAAAGGGUGCUCGUGCACGACGUAGUUCACACCAACAGUGCUACAAGCUCUCAACCUUAUUGCCUUCAGUGCAGUGGUGAUCAUCGACUCGAGAAAUGCAAACAGUUUUGCGAUUUGUCUACCAACGAUAGGUGGUGCUUUGUUCGCGACAAUAAGCUAUGCAUCAGAUGCUUCCGCAAACAUUUCCUGAAGAACUGCCCAUUGCAUAGCCGUUGUGGUAUUGAUGGUUGCACAAAGCCUCACCAUGUUCUGCUCCAUUCAAAUAAUUCGGUCAAUCCAAACCAUAAAGCAGCUGUGAUGUUACAUAAGGAAGAGCUCGCGACAAAGACAUUGUUGCGUUACGUUCCAGUAGUACUCUAUGGAAAAUCCAAAUGCAUAAAGACGUAUUCGUUAAUAGACGAGGGAUCCACAUGUACACUCUUGGAGAAACACAUUGCUGAAGAGCUUGGUUUGGAUGGUCCAUCUGAUGAGCUGUGUCUCAGGUGGACGGGUGAUAUAACACAGGUAGAGCCUGAAUCAAAAUGUGUUACCAUCGGGCUCUCUUCCACACAUGAAACGUCGCCUGGGUUUAAUCUACGGAACAUUCGCACAGUAGCUAAUCUUGAUCUUCCAAAACAGUCGUUGUUACAAGAAGUACUCUCGUCGCACAGUCAUUUGCACAAUUUGCCUAUUGAACCAUAUGCUGGGGUGCGCGCUACACUGCUUCUUGGCGUCGACAAUGCAAAGCUCGGUGUUCCCCUCAAAGUGAAGGAAAUAGAAGGAGAUCAGCUCAUCGCAACUAAAUGUCGACUUGGUUGGUCAGUAUAUGGCCGUGGAGAGGAAGCUAAUGCCCUUUCGAAUAGGGUGAUGCACAUCUGCUCCUGUGUGUCAACUGAACGCAUGGAUGAAAUGUUAAAGGCUAAUUACGCGUUAGAGGCAGUUGGUAUUAGCAUGAAAGAUGAACCACUGAAAUCCAAAGCAGAUGAACGGGCUCUCGCCAUUAUGAAAUCGACUACAAAGUACUUGGAAAAUGAAAAGCGUUGGGAAACGGGUUUAUUGUGGAAAUUCGAUAAAAUCGAUUUACCAAAUUCGUAUUCCAUGGCAUUGCAACGCCUCAGUUGUUUGGAAAAACGCAUGACCCGGGACCCACUCUUACGGAAUUUUCUCAACAAACAAAUUCGUGAGUAUGAAGAUAAAGGAUAUAUUCGGAAAUUGACAAAAGAUGAGAUAUCUCAUGGGAAAAGGUCAUGGUUCAUUCCAAUUUUCACCGUAACGAAUAAAAAUAAAAACAAGACAAGACUCGUUUGGGAUGCCGCUGCCACCGUCGACGGUAUCGCUCUCAACACCUAUUUAAUGAAAGGGCCCGACCUUCUGGCGUCUCUGGUUGGAAUACUUAUACGAUUUCGUGAGCGAGCUUUUGCAAUCACAGGAGACAUUCGCGAGAUGUUCCAUCAAAUUCGAGUGCGCAGCAAAAACCAAACCGCAUAG